UGGUUGGUCACUGGCAGCAGUUCGCGUUUGUUUUCUGUAUACUUUCCUGUUGUGGAGCUGAGAUGAAAUAAAAUUCACUAUUUUUAUUCGGUACAGUUUAUUAACUGUUAUUAAUUAUUCAAAAAUUGUAUUGCUAUUUGUCUGCCGAAUUAAUCAUUGUACAUUCAAUGGAACAGGAUACUAAACUAUGCCGUUUGUGUUUGGGUUCCACUAUGGAAUCGAACGGCACAUCGAUUAAGGACGUGGAACUAUCUGUAAAAUUGAAUGUUGUGUUCAAUUUUGAAUUUACCAACUGUGAUGUACUACCUCAGAGUGUUUGCGUCGAAUGCUUAUCAAAGGUAUCGGAUUAUUACAAUUUCCAUGAAAUGGUUCGUUCAAAUCAGAAGCAAAUAAACUUCUCCGCUGAAAUUGUUGGUUCGCCUUUACUAAUGGAUAUCAAAACAGAUAUUAUGGUAGUUGCUUCAGCAAUAGAGGAUAACCAAAAUUUGAUCCAUAAACCGUACUUAGAUUUAUAUCAGGAUACGGAGAAAGAUCCUGACGAAGAAGCAAUCGGUUUCAACAAAUCUGAACUUGUAGACGAUGAGUGUGACAAAACACCGCCCAGGACUCGAAUGCGAAGCCUUAAGCUAAAAAAUAAAUAUAACCAACAUAAGGAAAAAGUGAGCAGUAAUAACGAUGAAAAAAUAAGAAAACUAGACGAAGAGAACAAAAAAAUUCGAGAAUUUUUUACGAUGAAAUGUGAUAUAUGUUUGGAAACAUUUGUUACAUUUGAUAGAUUACAACGACACACUAGAAAACAGCACAAUUCUCGCGGAAGCAUCAAAUGUUGUAAUCGCGUCUUCUAUAAAAAAUGUAGAAUUAUCGAUCACAUCAAUUUUCAUUUGAACCCUGGACGGUUCCACUGCGACAUCUGUAACAAAAAUUACAACGAUAAAUACUAUUUAGAUCUGCAUAACCAAAAGAAGCACAAUACGGAAAUAGAAAAACCAUUUAAAUGCGAUAAAUGCGGUCAAAAUUUCGUCAGAGAAUACCUCCUGAAGGCUCACGCAACAACGCACGUCCAAGCGGAAUGUGUCAUUUGUCACAAGAUCCUCGCAAACGCAUCUACUUUGCGCACUCACAUAUUAAAUAUGCACAGUGACGAUUCGAAGCAUAUCUGUGAUAGUUGUGGCCAAGAAUUUCGUACCAAAUUGGCCAUGGAACGGCACAUCAAAAUUCAUUUAGGAAUAAAUCCGAUCGAGCGAAUCCAGUGCCACAUUUGUAGUAAAUGGGUCAAUGGAAAACCUAACUUAAAAUUGCACAUUAAAACGGUACACAAUGAAGAGAAUCAGGCCGUUGCUUGUGAUAUUUGUCAGCAGGUUUCUCCAAAUCUACGUGCACUAAGCAGUCACAAACGGCGAGUGCAUGUAGAGGAAAAGUUCGAAUGUGAAUUUUGUGGGAAAAAAUUUAAACGGAAAAUUUAUCUAAAGGAGCAUCGCGCAUCGCACACAGGCGAGACCCUUUACUCGUGUAAUAUAUGUGGUAUGACCACAAAUUCUAAUGCUAAUCUAUACUCGCACAAAAAAAGUAAACAUCCGGAUGAAUGGAGGGAGGCAAAAAAGAAAGCUCUAGCAGCCGCAUAUGGAUGAUGAAGUACGUUAAUGUUGUUGAAAGAUUUUCUAUCAAAAUUUUCAAAAA